GUCGGCGCGCCCCCGGGAUCCGAACCCGGGCCGUCAGCAGCGGAGCGCGUGCACUUAACCGCUAAGCCACGGGGCCGGCCCUCACAUUAAAUAUUAAUGGACUAAACCCUCCGGUUAAAAGGUAGAGAGUGUCAAAAUGGAUAAAGAAGCCAGAUUCUACUACAUGCUGUCUGUAGGAGAUUGACUGUAUAUAUAAAAAGCACAGGUGAAAAUAAGCAGAUGCAAAAUAUAUAUAUCUUGCAAGCAGUGAGCAUAAGAAGGGUGGAGGGGCUAUAUUUAUAUCAGAUAAAAUAGAUUUCAAGAUAUGGAGUAUAAACAAUGUAAAGGGGAAAUUUCUAUUCAUAAAAGGGUCAUCUCGUCGAGAAGACGUAUCAGUUAUUAAUGUGCCUGAUAACAGAGCCUUAAGAUACAUGAAGCAAAAUUGACAGAAUUAAAGGAAGAAAUAGGCAAUUCCACAAUCAUUGUAGGAGAUUUUAGCAUCUCUCUCUCGCCAACUGUUAGAACAAAAGACCAAAGAAAUCAGUAAAGACAGAGGAUCUGAACAACAGUCUCAGGCGUCUCUGCCUGACUGAUAUUUUUAGAAAGCUACUCCCAUCAAAAGCAAGAUGCAGGUUCCUGCUAAGUGCACAUUGUGCACUCUCUAGACCUGCUGUGCCCUAAAACAAGUUUCAAAAAUAAGUAAAGAAGUGAAGCUGUACUUGUUUGCAGAUGGCGUGAUUCUUUAUAGGGAAGAUCCUAAGAAAUCUACAAAAAACUGUGAGAACUAUUAAGUGAAUUUAGCAAGAUCUCAGAAAUCUAAGUUAAUGUGCAAAUUUUUGUUGUAUUUUUAUAUACUAGCAGCAAACUAUUGGAAAAUAAAAUUAGAAAUUCUAUUUACGAUAAUACCAAAAAAAUAAAAUAUUUAGUAAUAAGUUUAACAAAAGAUGGGCAAGACCACGUCUUCACUGAAAACCACAGGACGUUGCUGAGAGAAGUGAAAGAGCAGCUGAAGGAAUGGAGAGAGCAUGUUCACAGAUUGGAAGACUCAAUCCUGUUAAAAUGCCAGUUAUCCCAGUCAAAAUUCCAGCAGGCUUUAUUUAUUUAUUUAUUUAUUUAUUUAUUUAUUUAUUUAUUUAUUUAUUUAUUUUCCUCCAAAGCCCCAGUAGAUAGUUGUACGUCAUAGUUGCACAUCCUUCCAGCUGCUGUAUGUGGGACGCCGCCUCAGCAUGGCCGGAGAAGCAGUGCGUCGGUGCGCACCCGAGAUCCGAACCCAGGCCGCCAGUAGCGGAGCGCAUGCACUUAACCGCUAAGCCAUGGGGCCGGCCCUCCAGCAGGCUUUUUUGUAGAAAUUGACAAGAUGAUUCUAAAAUAUAGAAAUGCAUAUGACCCCUAAUUGCCAAAGCAAUUAAACAGAUCAAGGCUUAUAUUACCUGAUUUCAAACUUUCCAUAGAGCUUCAGCAAUCGCGACAGUGUGGUAUUGGUGAAGGACAGACACAUAGGUGAGUGAACAGAAUAGAAAGCCCAGAAUAGAACCACACAUGUACACUCGACUGAUUUUCAACAAAGAUGUCAAGGUAAUUCAGUGUGAAAAGAAAAGUCAACAACUGGAUAUACGUAUUAAAAAAACGAACCUUGAUCUUUACUUCACACCAUACACAAAAGUAACUCAAAACGUAAAAGCUAAAACUAUAAAACUUCUAGAACCAAACUGGAAAUCUUUAUGACCCUGAGGUCAAAGGCAGAGAUUUCUUAGGAUACAAAAAGCAAGAACCAUAAAAGAAAAAACGGAUGCGUUCUAUUUUAUCAGAAUGAAAACAUUUGCUGUUCUCGAUACCCAUAAGAAAAUGAAAGGCAAGCCACAGAAGGGGAGAAAAUAUUUGCAAUACAUGAAUCUGACAAAGGAUAUAUAAAGAACUGUUACAACUCAGUAAUAGAAGGACAACCCAAUUAAAAUGGCCAAAAGAUGUGAGCAGACCCUUCACAGAAGAUACAUAAAUGGCCAGUAAGCACCUAGAAGGUGCUGGCCGUUGCUGGUUAUCGGGCAGGUGCAAGUUAAAGCAGCGGUGGGUACCACUGCACACCCAUCAAGACAGUGCCAGUGCUGGCAAGGGUGCUGGCAGAUGAACCCCCACCCUCUACUGGUGGGAAUGCACAUGGUGCAACCACUAUAGGAAACAGUUUCUUAGAAAGUUAAAUAGGGGCCAGCCCAGUGGCGUAGCUGUUAGGUUUGUGCGUUCUGCUUCGGCAGCCCGGGGUUCGCCGGUUCGGAUCCUGGGCGUGGACCUGCUCACUGCUCGUUGGGCCAUGCUGGGGUGGCGUCCCACGUAGAACAGCUACAACUCUACGACUGUGAUAGACAACUGUGUACUGGGGCUUUGGGGAGAAAAAGGAAAAAGGAAGUUUGGCAACAGAGGUUAGCGCAGGGCCAGUCUUCCUCAAAAAAGAGAAAAAGAAAGUUAAGUAUACACUCACCUUGACCCAGUCAUUCCAGUCCUAGGUGUUUACCCAAGAGAAAUGAAAACUGUCCACACAAAGACAUGUUUAAGAAUGUCCACAGCGGCUUCAUUCACAGUCACCAGGAUUGGGACACGGCCCAAGUGUCCAUGAGAGGCGGAUGGGUACAGAAAAUGGCACAUAUCCACAUAAUGAAGUUUCAUUCAGCCAUAAAAAGGAACAAAGUAUGGAUGAACCUAAAGAUUGUUAUUCCGAGUGGAAGGAGCCAGACACAAAAGUGUGCUCCUAGAAAACAUGAACUAGUGUGCAGCGACACAGAUCAGGCCGCCUGGGGCCAGGGCUUGAGGGCUUGCAGAGCAGCUCAGGCGUCCUCUGCGGGUGGUGGAGACGCCCCAUGCAGGUUGUCGGAACUCACGGAGUGUGUACUCUCAAUGGAUGCAGUUGCAUCAUUUGAUGCAAGUCAAACCUCGGUAACGUUGACCAAAUAGUGGAUGAAAGUGUUGAUUGAAAUCUUGGACUUGGAUUCCUGAAUCGAAGUGGUGUUUUAUGACUUAGUAUGACCCUGGGGAUGCGUCUUACCAGAGAGUGGGCAGAGGGUCUGUGACUCUGGGACUUUUCCAUGAGGCAGGGAAAGAUGGUCUCUGCUGAGCAAAACUUAAAUGGACAAAAAGAAAGGGUGUGACUUGAGCACAUCCUGUAUGUGAGGUGGCACUGCUUGGUAGUUGCCAUCUAAAGGGAUCUCACGCUGUAGAAAGAAGAAGGCGGUCAGGGAGAAGCAUGCAUUUUUAAUGGGAUGGCCUGGAUUGGGGUGGGGAGGGGCGCUUACCAAGGCCCCCAACAAGGAGGUGGUUCCUGCCUCCGCAGGGCUCAGCCUCUCCUCCCGGCAGCCCUGGACGGGACCUGGUGUAAAGUAAAUGACAGGACAGACCCCAGCCCAUGUCCCAACAUCACUUGCUGGCGAGUGUCGCUCCGGCCUUCACCCUCCCCCACUCAGCAGCCCGGGGCGACGGCAUGUGGGGAGGCUGGUCAGGCCUCUUGGGCAGUGGGCUCUUCCCCAGGAUCCCCAGGCGGGAGCUCGCCCACUGCCCUGGGCCUGCUGGUGUUGGUCCCUGGGCCAGUCAAGGGAGUGGUUCCUCGUCCCCCAGCCCCAGGUGCGUUCUCUGUGGCCCCUCCUCAAGGGGAAGUAAGGGAGUCAGCAGACGUGGUCCAGGUUCCACCUCCGGGAGCCUGGAACAGGUCCCUGCAUGUGCACGGCUUCGACCCUGCAGCUGUCUUUGUCAAGUAAAAAGCCUCUUUAGAGGUGACUUGUACCUGUCAAAAUGUUUAUCCAGCUGAGACAGAGUAGAAUUAUGGUCACCACCUUGCAGGUUAACAGAAGUUUGUUAACAACUCGACUGACAGUUGACCUCAGGGGUCCUUCGGGUCAGCACGUUUUCUGUGGUUGCGUCAGCACUGUGACACGGGAGCAGUAGGUCACAUGGGGUCAGGCUUCAGGUCUUAGUGUUAGGAAAAUGCUUCCCAGUGUUGCUCAUGUGUGGUCUGAGUUUUUCUGCUCUGGCACACCCCGCACCAUGGGGUAGAUAGUUCCUUUCGUCCCCCCAAGGUGACGUCUUCCAGGCACUCUUCUGUGACGAGAGCAGGGUGAGCAGCAGAAGACUCCGAGGGUCCCUGACCAGCCUGUGUCUGCCCCAGGGACACCCUUGCCCCUAACAGUUCCGUCUCCGGGUAAAAAUGCUCGAAAUGCAAGUCAGGGUUUUACUAGGACAGAAUGAGAUGACUGAUGGACCAGUCCUGUCUGAGCUCACGGACAGGACUGGCUCAUCUAGAACCUUCUGCUGCUCAGGCCUUCCUCUGGGGAGUGGUGAACGGCUGAAAGCUAUUGGAGGAAGGAGUGAGUCUGUCCAAAGUCCAGAUCCAGAUGAGCUGAACACUCCGGUACCCCUGCUCUGGGGCUUCUUAUGGGAAGUCCAGUUGGACCCCAAGCACCAGAGGCUGAGGCCUCCAGGUGAUGUGGCCGUACAAUGACCGGCAGUAGGGCCUCACCGUUCGCUCUGAUUUUCAGACCUGGGACCAGGGAUCUGCAGGGUUCAGGACUGAGACUCCUGGUUGCUUAGCAACCCUACGCUGACUGCUGAUCACUGGGCAGCGAGGAUCUGGAUGUCUGCAGCUUGCGUCCUGGAGGGCCAGACCCUGUGCUCCAGAACAUGGUGCUCCAGCGCGCCGUCCUCCUGGCCGGCCUCCUGGUGGAAGUUGCCAGCAAGUCCUCAGACAGUGCGGGCCAGCAGCCUGAGUGUUGUGUGGACGUGGUGGACGUCAAUGCCACCUGCCCAGGCACAAGCCUGUGUGGCCCAGGCUGCUAUAGGCGCUGGAACGAGGAUGGGAGCGUCAGCUGUGUCCGCUGCAGGAACGGAACCUACAAGGGCUCUGAGUGCAGAGGCCUAGCGGGUGGCCCAUUUCACCCUGGACCACUGUCCCUCGAGGGAACACCCCCCGGAGCCUCCCUCUCCAAGUCCUCUUGUCCACUGAGGACAGCUGUGAGUCGCUGGUCGAGGUGCACAGUUCCCGGUGAACAGAAGCGCAGGGACGCCUGGGCGGCCAAAUUUCACCUGCUCCUGUCUGCCGGGCAUCCCAUCCUGCCCAGAUGCCAACCAGCCUCGGGGCAUGGCUGUGCCAGGGGGCCAGUGCCGUCAGGGAGCAGGACCUGCCCUGGGGAAUGUCCGACUCCUCCUCUGAGGGGGCCCUCAAGUGGCAGCCUCCCUUUUCCUGGGGACGUUCUUUAUCAGCUCGGGCCUCAUCCUCUUGGUGGCUGGGUUCUUCUACCUCAAGCGUGCCAGGAAACUCCCCAAGAUCUUCUACGGAAGAAACAAAGCCCCCGUCCUGCAGCCUGGAGAAGCCGCAGCGAUGAUUCCCCCGCCGCAGUCCUCAGCACCAGGAGCACCCAGAUCCUAUCAGGUCAGAGGUCAGCAAGAGGAAGACCCACCGCAACCUCAGGAGCCUGCCCGGGAGAGGACAGGAGGCCAGCCAAUCCCAGAGGCCCCAUGCCACGCCCCUGGCCAGCACGCCUGAGAGCAUAUAAAGACACCUGCCAGGAGCCCAGCCCAGAGAACUCACCCCUGCCCGGGACAGCGCUCCGCACCUGGAAGAGCACAUAUGUCCCCUGUGUCCAACCUGCCUGGACAGAGCAGAGGGCGCACCUGCCAGACCAGUGCCACUGGGACAGCUGCUGGCAGCCAGUCCCGCAGAGGGACACCUGCCAGGUGGAGCACAGGCCAGCCGGCCCGGAGAAGGAGUGGACGCUGCUGGAGCAGGAGAGCUCCGAGCUUCGAAGCCUGGCUGUGGUCAGCCCAGAGGAUCAUGCCCAGGCUCUGCUGACCCCUGGCCACCAGCUCAGAGCCAUGUCAUCAGGCCAGCAGGUGUGGCACACGGCCAUGCCACCCUCCAGCCGGGGCAGCCCCACAGGCACAGUGCCCAGGUCCCCCAGCUCGGCCAGUGGCCCCAGGACACCCGGCUCGGCCAGCGGCCCCAGGUCCCCUAGCACCCCUGGCUCAGAGAAGGUGGCCUCCCCACUAGAGUGCUCCAUCUGCUUCUCGGGUUAUGACAACAUCUUCAAGACACCCAAGGAGCUCUCCUGCACCCAUGUCUUCUGCCUGGAGUGCCUGGCAAGGCUGGCAGCUGCCCAGCCAACAGGCCAGCCUGGCUGCGAAGCUGUGCCCUGCCCGUUCUGCCGGCAGCCCACAGCCGUGCCCACCGCCGGGGCCCCUGCGCUGCGCACCAGCCGCCAGCUGCAGGCCAGGAUGCCAGCUCACUUGAGGCAGGAAGAGCCCGUGUGGCUGGAGGGCACCAGGCUGUGCUGCCGCCCAGUGCCCUCUGCGCCCGGCCUUGCGGCCCCUGGCUUCGUGUGUGUGGAUGUGGGCCUGAGCAAGCCUGCUGAGCCCACGACGCCCCCAACAACCCCAGGGCCCGCCCACCCCCGGGGCCGCCUGGCCCGCUGCUGGGCAGGCUGCCAGGCCUGGAGGCGUGUGACGCUCAUCGUGGUCCUGCUGCUCCUGCUUUUCUGCGUGGCACUCUGGCCCGUGCAGUGCGCGCUCAAGACCGGGAACCUGCGCUGCCUCCCCCGGGCCCCCGCCGCCACCCCCGCUGCCACCACCUUCUCCCUUGGGCCCCUGGCUGACAACUAGGAACAGCCAUCCUGCCCAGCUCCACGCGUGGAGCCCACAGCCAGGGACACGGGGUGCAGCAGCUGUUGGGAGUUGGUCCCCAGGACCCCAGAGGAGCCCCAACAUGUCUGAGGACCGCAGACUCCAUUCAGCUCGCCUGCCGUCCCCCUGGGGCUGGGUCCUGAUGGGGUAUACAAAAGUGUCCCCAUAGCCUCCAAGAAUCAGCGGCUACUAUGGGCCCCAAAGGCCACUCCCCUGACUCCCAUCAUGCAGAUGGGAAAACUGAGGCCCAGGAGAGAACCUGGCAAGGCCCUCCCUGUACACACUGAAUCGCCUGCAAGUGCAGCUCCUUGCUAACAAGGGAGGGGCUCACCAGCCUUAUUUAUUUUCCCCUGUCACUCACUGCUCCUUCCCAGACCCCUUCCCCGGGCGGGGCUGGCCCCUUCCCUUGGGUGGGGUGCUGACCCUGCUCUCUGACCAGAGGACAGGGGCAGUGGCAGGGAGCCCAGCUCCCAGUGCCCAUCCCACCCUCCUGAAUUAUCCAUUUUUAAAUAAAUUAUUUUGUGUCCA